UGUUUUCUUGGUUUCUGUGGUACCAUGCAGCAUUGUUUCAUUUCAGUGAGGCACUGUCAAUGUUGCAACGUUUUGUACCUCGUAAAGUGAAUAUUCGUGGGCAGAAAUUCUACCUGGAAUUGGCCAGUGAUAUGAAACUGCCGUUAAAUCUGUUCAAAAAAAUACAGCCAGCCGAUUUCAAACUUUCUAUGGCAAAAUAUGCAAUGAGAAGCGAUACCCAGUUAAAACGUGAAACAGUUUAUGAAAAAGUGAAAAAAAACGACGAACCUUCGGACGAGGACGCUGCUGCUGCUGACGAUACUGGUGCCAGUACAUCGAGACGUGGACCAAAAAUUCUCGGCAAAGAUGAAGUGAUUAAAGGAUAUAAAUUUGGCUCGACAAUUGUACCUUUCAAUGAGGAGGAUCGGAAAGAAUAUGGAUGGGUAAAGGAAAGCCGUUGCUUUAAGCUUUUGCAGUUCACCAAACGUUCACAGGGCUAUUUGAAUCUUUUAACUUUUUUUGCAUUGCAGGAUGCGUGUAUUGCUAUGUCUGCACUUGUAAAUGCAAUGAUUGCUGAGGACACGGUAGCCUUAGUUCGAUAUGUAUAUAAUGCUGCAUCGCACCCUCGAAUUAUGGCAUUAUUUCCACGAAGGAGCAAGAAAGGGGUUGAGAUGUUUGUGGGACUGACUUUACCAUUUUACGAGGAUUUCCGUGGCGUCGAUUUUCCACCAUUAGAUGAUCCUGCAACAGAACCCAAAAAUCAUCAUCUCAGUGCAAUGCAUGCGCUCGCCAAAGCUAUGGAUCUCUCAAAAGCUUAUUUGUAAGU